UCAACCUCCAACAUCAAAGCCAAAGUGAGAAUGUCAAAAAUAGCUUUACCAUUUAAGUUUUGCAAGUUCUAGGCAUAUCACACCAUAUAUAGAUAUAGUCAGGUAUAGAUUAAUGAGUGUGAGAUGGAGGUAGUUCAAUCAUAUAUAUCAGAGAUCAAUGAGAUUUCUAGAAUACCGAAUAAUCAAAAGAAUCAAAUCAUAGCUCGAUUGGCAGCAGUACUAAAUCUAAACCCAUCACAAAAUCCAUACAUAGCUCAGAUUAACCUGGUACCAUUUCAGAUUGAAGAUAAGACGUUGGACAAACUUAUAGAGACGGCCAAUUUGUUCAAUGGUGAGUGGUUGGCAUUUAAUGAGUUGAUUGCAAGUUUCGUUAAGCUAUGCAAUCAAAUGAAUCCAUGGUCCAGUUUAGAAUCAUUUGACUUAUAUACUACAUUCAUUAAUGAUUUAUCCAUUUCAUUUAACAAUAAUGCCCGGGGAUUCUUUCUUAUAGAGGUUGUUAAAAACUCAAUCCAGGUCAUAUUACCAUUAGCUAAUCAUUUAGAUUACCAAUUAUAUUUCAAAGAACAUUGUGAAAUGCCUCGUUUAACUUAUCUUGCUUCAAUCUUAUUGAAGAUAUUUAAUAACAUUAGAUCUCAAAUUAAUGAUGCCAAUAAUCCAAAACGAAAUAUCAUUUUGUUUAUCAGUAACAAAUUAUGUUCAGUUUAUUUUAAAAUCAAUAGUCCUUUACUUUGUCGGAAUGUGUUUUCUAAUAUGAAUAAUGCCAACGUAUCUUUUAAAUCAUUUAAUAAGUUAGAACAAUUACAAUAUCGAUACUAUUUAUCCAAGUUUUGUCUCAUUAAACAAGAAUUAACUUCAGCUUUUGAAAAUUUUAAUUGGUGUUUAGAAAAUUUACCCAUAACUGCCAUCAAUAACAUCAAUAAAGUCUUGAAGUAUCAUCUACCAUUGAGUUUAGUGAUUGGGAAAAGAAUCAAUUUUAACUAUAUCAAUCAAGUAUACUCCCAUGCUCGGAUUCAACCACCGGAAUUUAUCACGAUUUAUUAUCAAUUGAAUCAAUUUAUAAAACUUGGUGAUUUAAAAUCAUUCAAUCAAAUCAUUCUAAACAGUUAUCAAUAUUUUAAAUCAGAGAAUUUAUUAUUGUUACUUCUAACCAAAUCAAAAGUUAUCAUUCUAAGAAAUUUAAUUAAGAAAAUUUGGAUAAAUACUGGAAAACCAUCAUUUUUAGAUUAUGAUUGUAUAUUGGCUGGUCUUAAAUUAUCAUUAGAUACGAAUCCAUUAACAUUACCAUUAAUCACUUCGUUAUCUGAUUUAACUGAAAGUGAUCUAAUCAUUGAAAAUAUCUUUAUUACUUUAAUCGAUCAAAAUCUAAUUAGAGGUAAAAUCUUCCCAAGACUUCGAAAAAUCUCAGUAAGUAAAAUUAAUGUGUUUGUUAAUGUCGAUGAAAUGAAUUUAACUAGAUUCCCUCCUAAUGUGGAUAAUUGGAUGAAUUAAGUAGAUUAAUACAUAUAUAUAUAUAUUGUCUUUUCUAUUUCUAUUUACAUUUGCUUUAAUUUUAAAGCAUCUUUUAAUCCAUUUAAUACACAAUCAGGUACACCAACACCAUCUCCAAAUGCCAUACCUCCAAAUGAUAAUUUUGUAUUAUCAUUGAAUUCACUUAAAACUUUUUGUUUUAAAUC